CCCUGUUGUAUUGAAGUCUUCUAUCUCACAAAACCCUAACACCUGAUCAGAAAAACUUUCGUGAAUUCUUCUCUCCGAAGAUCUUUGACUCAUCCUUUGAUUUUCUUUGGUUUCUGCUUUGAUGUCGAUGCAAAUUUUAUUAAGAUUUUUACAGGCAAGACCUUAACUCUUGAGGUCGAAAGCUCAGACACCACUUGCAACGUCAAAGAAAAGAUACAAGACAAGGAAGGAAUCCCUACAUACCAGCAGAUACUUGUCUUUGAGGAAGAGAUGCUUGAGGAUUGCCGUCCCUUGGCUACUUACAAUAUCCAAAAAAAUUCAACUCUCCACAUGAUUCUCAGGUUUACAGGCAUGAGAAUCUUCGUAAAUAUUUUACAAGGUAAUGCCAUAGUGCUUGAGGUCAAAAGCUCAGACACCAUUGACAAAGUCAAGACAAAGAUACGAGAUAAAGAAGGUAUCCCCAACUACCAGCAGUUGCUUAUUUUUGCCGGGAAAAGCCUUGAGGAUGACCGUACGUUGGCUAGUUACAAGGUCCAGAAAGAGUCAACUCUCCAUUUGAUUCCCAGAUGUAGGAUGCGAAUCUUCGUAAAUAUGGUUGACAAGACCAGAAUAACCCUUGAGGUCAAAAGCUCAGACACCAUUGGCGACCUCAAGGCAAAGAUACAAGAUAAGGAAGGGAUUCCUAUCGAAAAGCAGAACUUGGUCUUUGCUGGACGUAUUACGAAGGAUGACUAUACCUUGGCUGAUUACAAUAUCGAAAAAGAGAAUACUCUUCACCUUGUUCUCAUGUUGGCAGGAAUUAUGAAAAUCUUUGUUAAGACUCCCACAGGCAAAACCAUAGCCCUUGAGGUCGAAAGCAUAGACACAAUUGACAUGGUCAAGGCCAAGAUCCAAGAUGGAGAGGGAAUCCCUCCGCACCAGCAGAUGUUGUUAUUUGCUGGUAAACAGCUCGAGGAUGGCCGUUUGGUGGAUAACAGGAUCUGGAACGAGUCAGUCCUACACGUCCAUCGUUUAAGUGGUGGAAUGCAAAUAUUUGUGAAAACAAUCACUUCUAAAGUCAUUGCCUUAGAAGUUGAUAGCUCAGACACCGUUUACAGUGUAAAGACAAAGAUUCAAGACAUGGAAGGAAUCGCACCAGACCAGCAGAGACUCAUAUUUGCUAGUAGACAACUGGAGGAUGGUUACAGGCUUGCAGAUUAUAAGGCCAUCAUUAUUGGUGGGCAGCCCUUAAGGGCUGCCCUUAUGUGCCCUUAAGUGUUUGAUGAACAAAAAAAAAAAAAAAAAAAAAAAAAAGUUAAGGGCUGCCCACCAAUAAUGAUGCCCUUACAUCCAAAAGGAGUCAACACUUCACCUUGUGCUUCGUCUAAAAACUUUUACAUAAAAUAGACUUUGUCUAUUCGUUUUGUUUUCUUUGUUUUUAUAUUGGAUUUUCUCUUACGGAUAA